AUGCCUGAUAUGGAAGGGAAUGACAUGGCUGGUAUAUGCUGGAAAAUGUCCUGGAACAUCCAAUUUAAUGCAUUUCAGGCAGUGCACCACCAAUGGCUCAAAUAUGUUGAGAUUGUGACCAAAUAUGUGGUAGAAGUGGACAAGGGCCAUGUUGACCCACAAGAUCUACAGCUGUACACAAGUCAAACAUUCAUGGAAUCGAAUCGUCACAAGAUGGAAAGGAGGUUCAAUGUGACAUGGAUGGACUUUCUUACUGGAAUGAGCAUCCCAGAGCUAGCCAUACAUGAGUACAAUUUCUGUGAUGGAUUCACUGUUCCCUCAGCCUUUCAUGUGCUGCUAUGCGGCGAGGUUGAAGAUUUUUGUGGUUUCAUGUCUGUCAAGCAUUCUGAUGCUUCUCUCAGCAUGGUUGAUAGAUAUCUUGAAAAAAGUAUGAUAGCUUGGUGCACAUCCAAAGACUUGGUAUUGCAUGGUCAGGCCAUUCCAGAUCUGGGACCUUCAGAAACUCAGGAGAGGUUGGUAAUCAGGCUGCCAGCUAUGGCUAAGAUGAAGAACUGCAAGAAGGAGGACACUGUGACAGAGACCAGAGCUCCGAUGAGAAAGGGAAAGGAAAAGGCACCCAUACAGGUGGACAUAGAAGACGUACCAUCACAGUCAACUUUGUCGGAUGCAAUGGCAAAAUCAACACAGCACUGCACAACCACUGUCAAUCAGACUGUCAAACAGUUUGGUACCCUGACAAUAUCGAUUGAGAAGGACAAGAGCAUUGGAACACAACCUAGGCAUAUGUGA